UGGACCCAUCCAGUGAUGGGAGAGUCGUCUUUGUUUGGUACCAACAAGAUCAUAAAGGUGAGGGAAGAAGAAAAAGCCAAUCCUUUGUGUAGGACCAAAAAAGAUGCAGUUUUCUGAUGCUAACCACACUUGUCUGCAAUCUUUCUUGGUUCAGUACAAACAAAUCCCAUUUACUCCCACAUGCCUUGAUGUCUCCCCUGUGGAUCACAACCCCACAGACUGGUGCUGCAAUGAAUCCAGAGUUGAAGCAAUGAUACUGUGUGCCCUCUUUGAUCACCAGGAGGGUUGCACGUCGGGCUGAGCUCAAGGAUAUAUGAAUACCUUUUCCCCCACAUGAAAUGACCAUAAAGUAGUGUUACCUCCACCACAAAUAUUUCCCAAGGUAAGUUAUGAGAGUGCAGAAUGCAGUGUGUGUCAUUUGCACCCACCAAUAAUGGUGGAAAUUUCGUAGAAAAGUUCAGUCCCUCACUUCCAAAGUGGUGUUUCGUCAAACGAGCUUACUCUUUGUUGCUUAGUUUGGGGUGGUGACCUUUCAUCGCUUGAGGUGAAAAAGGACAAUAAAUAAAGAAUGAAGCCUUUCCUCGCCCUUUAUUGGCUGUUCCAUUGGCCCCUUUACAUAUAUCCAUUCUUCUCCGUCUCCUCCUCCUCCUCCGAUCCCUCUCCAUAUAACUCUACGGAGUGCUGCUUUCCCCUUCUCCUCCUCCUCUUAUUCUUCUCGGUAUAAUCCUACAAAAUAUUCUUCUUCUCCUCUCGCGAUGGCAGAAGAAGACGAAGCAGCAAGCUUCAAGCUUUUCGGAACGGUGAUUCUGAAGGGGGAAAGACAGGUCAAGGAGGAAGAGGAGGCCGCGCAGGUGGCGUCGGGGCCGGGUGGGGCGGCUGAGGCGGCGGCGAGGGUGGCGGCGGCUCUGCCGUGCCCGAGGUGCAAGAGCAGGGAGACCAAGUUCUGCUACUUCAACAACUACAACGUGAACCAGCCGCGGCACUUCUGCAGGGCCUGCCACCGCUACUGGACCGCCGGCGGCGCCCUCCGCAACGUCCCCGUCGGCGCCGGCCGCCGGAGAGGCCGCCCCGCCCACCGUGGCGUCGGCGUCAGCAGCGGCGGCGGCGUGCUGGAGCGCCCGCCGCGGGAGCGUUUGGGCGGGGAAGCAGCGGAGCAGUGGCUCCUGAGGCCGCAGGCUCCGGCGAGGGUUGACCCAGGCUUCGACAGCGGGGGGCUUCGUUGACUUUCUUUCUAUGCGAUUACAGCGUGCUCCUCGCACGGGAAAAAGGUUUCUCUAUAUGCCUUGGCCGGCCUUUAUGAGUUGUAUUUGCACGACUAUAAUUGCAGUGCGAUUCCACAUAGAAAACCUUCUAUUUCUUGGCCUUUAACAUCUUAUUUUUUAUGUCA